UAGUUCAUCUUUGGUGCAACGCAACGUACACAGAGAAGCGUGGGUCGCAAUUCGAAGCAUUCUUCAUAAUUUCCGACGAAUUAUUUAUAUAUUUGACACGUUAAAAUUAAUUUCUGCUUAUCGUAUCGCUGAGUUCAUCGCGUUGAUUCCAUUGAUUGAGUGCUUGAAUCAGGAACAUUAGUUGCAAGUGCCCUUGAGCCAUGUCGUUCAAUUUCAAGGAGAUCACCGAGCAGCUGAAUGAGGCUACCUCAGAUGCUCGAGGUGCCGGUGUUUCUUUCUCAGGAAAAUCAUUGAAACUGAACUCUGAAGAUGAUGCCAAAGAAGUCUGCGACGAGAUCAAGAAAUGCGAGAAAAUGGGUUAUCUAGACCUGGAAGGUAACACUCUGGGUGCAGAUGCAGCGAAAGCGGUCUCAAAAGCACUGGAAACCCAUGGAUCUCACUUGAAGCGUGCUCUCUGGAAAGACAUGUUCACAGGGAGAAUGAAAACCGAGAUCCCCAAAGCCCUAGAAUACCUUGGAGAUGGGUUGAACCGUGCAGGUGCACGUUUAGUGGAACUCGACCUUAGUGACAAUGCAUUUGGUCCCAUUGGAGUCCAGGGUCUUGCUGCCUUCUUGAGAUCGAGCACUUGUUACACUCUCCAAGAGUUACGUCUCAACAACAACGGUUUGGGUAUUGCGGGGGGUAAAAUGUUAGCAAAAGCCCUGUUGGACUGUCACGUGAACAGUUCUAAGGAGGGCAAACCUUUGGCAUUGAGAGUCUUCAUCGCUGGACGCAACAGACUGGAGAACGAAGGAGCUACAGCUCUUGCUGGCGUCUUCGAGAAGUUGGGGAGUUUGGAGGAGGUCGUUAUGCCGCAGAAUGGAAUUUAUCAUCCUGGAGUCUCUGCAUUAGCCAAUGCAUUAUCGAAUAAUCCUGGAUUGAGGAUAUUGAAUCUGAAUGACAAUACUGUGGGUCCAAAAGGUGCUCAGGCACUCGCUGAUGUGCUUCACAAUUUUAAGUCUCUUGAAUAUUUGAAUCUUGGAGACUGUCUAUUGAAGACUAGAGGUGCUUUGCUGAUAGCUGAUGCCCUUGGUAUUCAGGGAAAUCACAUAUCACUGACAGAGCUCAAUCUCUCGUUCAAUGAGAUUCGCCCAAGAGCUGCUGAAUCCCUAGCUCGUGCUGUUGCGGAUAAAGAUCAGCUGACCAGUUUCCAUCUGGAUGGCAAUGCAUUCGGAGAGAGUGGAAGAACUGCCUUGAGAAAUUUCCUGACGACUUCUGAGCGGAUCGAGUCACUUGGGGGUUUUGAUGAAGAUGUCACGGAUGAUGAAGAGAGUGAGGAAGGCGAAACUGGUAGUGAAGAGGAGGAAGACAAAGACACUGACGACAGUGAUGAGGAUGAUGGAGUGUAUAUCGAGAAAGAGGAGACUGUUCAGACUCCUAUGCAACACAAGGGUGUGAAGAACCCUAUCAAGGUUGAGGAGUUUAUGAAGUCAUCAACGGGCGAGAAUUUGUUGCUGAUUGAGGGGGAUAAGGUCGCCCAGUUCUUGGAGUAUGCUAAGAGGGUUUCUCAAGACAACAACCAUCAGGACACAUACGUCGAUGAGUUGUUGCCUAUCGUUAUGAAGGUCUCUUCACAUUGUGGCAGUGGCUACGCUGAUAUCAGAGUGGAGGCUGAGCAUUUGACAGAUCUUUUAUACUCCGAGUUGUUCCAUUACGCCUCAAAGAAUGAUCAAAUGUCGAAUUUGAAUAAUAAUUUAUUAGUCGAUUUGGGGCUGAUAAAGAGUGAGGACAAAAAUGGCGGAAAAAUUGAUUGGAACCUCGAGGGUUGCUUCAAAGCUCUUGAAAAAAUUGUUCAGAAAGAUUAUUUUCCAUCUUUAACGAAAGAUGCAUUAAAGUUGUUCAUCGAGAAACCGAUAAAGCCGGGAAGGAAAUUCGUAGAUCCAUUCCAGGAAGUAAAAACCUCCCUCAAAGCAAUUCUGGACAGACUUCCUAACACGUAACGCUCCAGCCAAUACUGUUUUUCAACGAUCAACGUGUGGAUUUUCCUUCUGCAAAGGUGUCAUUACUACAGAGAGAUGUAUUUAUUAUUUGAUCAUGUCACCUCGAAGAAUAUUGAUAGGCAAGUGGGCUAAAAUUAA